CACCGAAUUACUUCCUUAUUCCUGCAUACGUUCCACACGUUUUUCAGAAAUAAAAGUUAGCUCGAUUUUCAAACAAUGCCGAAAGCCAAAAAGAAAAGUAAAAUAAACACGUUUGAUUACAGUAAAGAUAGAAAGAAACUGAAAAAGCAGUUUAAGAAAAGAGAAGCCCCUAGAAUUGAGUGUCCUCAGAUCCGAAAUGCCUGGAGUGACAAGAAGUCUGUGGCAAGGAACUUGCGAGACAUGGGUCUGGCAUUUGACCCUAACCGUGCCCUCCCAAUUAAGACACUGACUUUUGCUGCUGUGGAGAGAACUGAAGAAGCUCCCACCCUCAAAUUUGUAAGGAAGCCAUACGUUCUCAAUGAACUUGUGGCAGAGGCCAAUCUCCCAGAGAAAGACAAAAAGACCUUAUCCACAGACUUGAUCGAGUACGUGCAGUACGUGAUCAGGGAACACAGCGAGAACUACAAGGCUAUGGCCAGAGAUGAGAAGAACUAUUACCAGGACACACCCUCACAGAUCAGGAGGAAAGUGGACCAGUAUAAAUGCUGCCAUCCAGAGGAAUACUACACCUUUGUGGAGUUUCUCAAAGGACCACCACAGGAAGUUGGGAAUCCAGUCUGAGAAGGCGAUGCAGCUCAGCCUUGGCCUGUGGGAGACGUUUUCUGUCAGAGGAGUC